ACAGCUCGAACACCUCGCCACUCGCCGCAGCUACCAUGCCGCCCAAGUCGUCCAAGUCGGCGUACGCCCGCUCGAGCGAGACGGUCCAGAUGACCUUUGUCGACCUCGUGUGGAUGAUCCACGAGGUGCCGCUCGGCACGCCCAACGCCCUGCCCGCACUCGGCUCCCCGCUCCCCUGGUACAUCCUCCCCGCCCCGCUCGCCAAGACCAAGUGCCCCUGGACCCGCACCCCGAACGACGCCUCGCGCCGCCUCGAGUCGAUCCACCGCGAGGCCGCUAGAGGCCUGCGCGAGUACGAGCGCGCCAAGCGCGACGCCCAGGACCCGGCUCAGCUGCGCGCCGAGGCCAACCGCAAGAAGAAGCUGCGCAAGCUCGCGAGCAAGGCGCGCAAGGACGAGGGCGAGGGCGUCGAGGCGGCGGCGGCGGCGGCGGCGGAUCGAGCAGCUGGCGAGGGCGAGGGCGAGGGCGACGAGGGGACCGGCGAGGCGGCGACGACGGCGCCCAAGCGGGUCCCGACGGGCCCCAAGUGCGCCUACGCGCUCCCGCCGUACCUGUCGGACGAGACGCGGGCCGCGUUCCUCGACCAGUACGCGCGCGUGCACGCCCAGUGGGACAAGCAGCGGUGGGACGAGGCCGACGUCGUCCUGCCGGACAAGCUCAAGGCGCAGGCCGUGUGGGGGAACGCCUACAUCUACCCGGCCGAGCACAAGGACGACCCGCAGCGAGGGCUCGUCCUCAACCAGGACACGUUGACGUUCGAGUACCACACCGAGUAGCUCGCCGUGCAACGCAGCAGAGUGUGCUCGGUGCC